UCUUUAUAAAAAAGUUACAUUCACUCAUUCUGUUACUACGUGCGUAACUUCUUCAACGACAGUCGUUAUAACACAAGUGUUCUGUUUUCACCACAGUUGAUGCACGUUCUCAAUUCUUUUUCAGAAGACCGGGUGUCGUGUCCUGUUUGGUUAUAGUUGUCGGUGAAAUGUCUCCUCUAGUUGUCCUUGUAAUUGCGUGAUCGAGGGAGGUAGGUCGGUCGGUCGUUUCUUUUCAUUAGAUUGUAGAACUGUGACGGGUUGACUGACAGGUGCUCGCUCCUUUUUGCCGAGUAGCUUUUGGCUGUUUCAAUAAAACUGUGCUGUAUGCUAAUUUGUUUUCGGAACUUUACAGUAAUUGUUCAACCUGAUUGCGAUUUCGUAAUCCAUUGAAGAGCAUGUUGUACAUGACGUCAUUUCGGAUAUGUUCGUCCGAUUCACGUGGAUAAGCCAUUUCACCCAGGUUUGUAAGAACGGUUACAAAACUUCUUUCCGACUCACCGAUCGCUUGGUUUCUCGGUAAUAGUUGCCGGCCUUUGUACACUGAUAAACGGCGCAAACCAUUUCUUGAGCUGCUCGUAACUCAGAUUUUGCAGGACUCCAUCGAUUGGCCGCAUGUCGAACUUCGUCUCGUUUGGUAGACUUAGGAGAACAACAUUUUUCUCGGUUGCUUCGUUUGCGCCCACACUGUCGCAAAAACUUUCAAACGUUAAAAGAACGGAGUUAAAAUUUCUUCCCAGUUCAUAAUUAGGCGAUGGUUAAAAGCAGUUCAGUUAAAAAUCUUCCUGCUUAAAAUAUUGUUGCUCAAAUCUUCUUGCUUAAAAUAUUCUUGCUCAAAAUCUUCUUGCUAUACUGUGCGCUCCGUCUGUGGUCAAGAGCGUUACUUAUUUAUUCGCUUCAUAUAAAAUCAACUAAACACAGUAUAUAGCGUUUACACACAGUAUAACAAUGGCAUCCGCCCAGUACGAUGCAGUCAGGAGAAUCUCAAAUCCUAGCGUUAACCGGCCAGUCGACACGUGGUGUUAGCCAUUCGUGUGCCAAGAAUGCGGCAAGAAACGCUGUAGUUGAUUAGGCGCGGGCAAUCACCCACGGGCUCAAACAACGAUUACUACGAUUGUUACACAUACACCUCGUGCCCGCUUACGAGUUGGUACGUAUGUAUUUAGUUGGUUGGGGUUAUCUGGGAUUCAUUUUCAUAAUAAUUUUUCGUCUCAUUUGGUGGUAAACAAAGAACAAUCAAGGAAUUUUAUAACCGUAUCCUCACGACUCCCAUAGGCCGUUGUUAAUUGUGUAAAACAUGAUCAAUAUAUUGAGAUAUUUAUGUGCAAAAGGUAUCCCGUCUCCCCAUAUAACUUUGUGGGUUAAUAUUUGACGAAAUUUGUCUUUCUUUUAUGUAUGCCUGGUUAAUUACUGUUUUUGAACGCUUUAAGAGUUUACGAGUUCACAAAAGUUAAGAAAAGAAAACGUGUCUGCUUCACCAAACCACGAGUACACGGUUGAUUUGCAUUGAUUUGUCGUUUGAUUUAUUGCCCACGGUGUCUGUAUAUUAAGCACGAACAUUGAUAAUAUCCCAAUUCUCGUUAGUUUAUUCGUGGUGAAUGGUAAUUCUGUUUUCGUUUCGUGAGCACGUGCGCGGUCUGUAGUGGUAUGUCACAGAACCAAUUCGUGCCCGGCCCUUUAUUUCGUAAUAGAACUACAGCUUCUGCAGCAUUCAAACGUGAUUUCAAAACACGCGCGUGCUAACUUUAGACAUGGCCAUAAAAUCGCUUCAAAACCGAUUUUUUUCGUAAUCCACCCAUUUUAUUCGUUUACGUUCAGAACCAUAGCACUAUUAUUACCAGCAUUAGGCAUUACAAACGAACUCCCAAAAGCAUAUUUUGUGUUUUUUAUCUGACAGCAAUGCAGUUACUACAUCGGGUGAAGCUCUUUCGUUAUCUGGAGAUGGCGGUUUUUCUUUUGUUGCAUCCUAUUUAUGCACAAGAUUGCAGACGAACCAUCAACGUCACCAGUACCCCACAAGUGAUGACGUCACCAGGAUGGCCACGUCACUACCUCAACAACAUGGACUGCAGAUGGGACUUAAACGUUUCACCUGGUAGUCGCAUGAGGAUUCAAUUCACAAAUAUUUCAACGCAAGAAUGCUGCGAUAGAGUGCAGAUAUUCGAUCCCGGUCACCCCUUUAUUUAUACCUUAAGUGGAAACAUCACUGACAUUAAUCUUCAAUCUAAAGCACCAAGGUUAACUGUGAGGUUUCGUACCGAUGGUUCUGUUACAAGUUAUGGAUUCUUUGCUACUGUUGUCGAAACUGUUACGUCUCAAGUCGUUCCAACUACGACCUCGCCCCCUACAGUUUCAUGCGGUUACAACGCCACAGCCACUGAAUCUCCACAGCAGUUGGUGUCUCCUGGUUACCCGGAGUCUUACGCAAACAACUUAGAUUGCUUAUGGAGAAUACAGGCUCGACCAAACAAACGAAUUCGACUUUAUGUCCCAUAUUUUUCGACCGAAGCGUGCUGCGACCAUUUGUUGAUAUACGAUGGUCACGAAGAGGUUGACGCUCUCUACGGUAGAUUGUUGUCCCCACUAACUUUCACAACUACAGGGAAUUUACUUCAACUGCGAUUCACAACAGAUAGAUCGUACUCGUACGAAGGAUUCAUUGCGAAUUUUAGUGAAGUCGAAGCUACUGAUGGCGCACACGACGGCGCCACAACGCCUUUCUUUUUAAAACAUUUGCUAGCAACACAAUCUACAACGACAACUUUGAAUUACCACCUUCAGCGAACAGCAGCGUCAGGCGCUGACACCAAGACUGGAGCGCUGCCUUUAUUUCUUACAAAUUUAAUCGCUGUUUCCGUAUUUAUAAGUUUUCUUUGCAAUUAA